AAAAAAAAAAAAAAAUCCCCACUAGCUAUUGUUUUACACUAGCUAUUAUUAUUAAUAUUAUUAUUUCGCAAGAUGGGAAAAGAUGGGGCCGUGGCCUUGGGAGAGUCUCAGUCUCCGGCGAACGAGAGUGGAAGUGCCGCCAUGCGCAUGGCUGAGACACUGCUUCGAAUCCUCCCCAUAGCACUUUGUGUGGCGGCUCUUGUCAUCAUGCUCAAGGACUCCGAGACUAACGAAUAUGGAUCCUUGACCUAUUCUGACCUUGGAGCCUUCAGAUAUUUGGUACAUGCGAGCGGAGUUUGUGCCGGUUACUCCUUACUUUCGGCGGUAGUAGCUGCCGUGCCCCGGCCUUCCUCCAUGUUAGGGGCUUGGGCGUUCUUUCUCCUUGACCAGCUUCUCACUUAUGUUAUACUAGCAGCUGGGGCCAUAUCAACUGAGGUCCUGUACCUUGCAUACAAAGGCGACACCUCCAUAACAUGGAGCCAAACUUGCGGCUCGUUUGGGGGUUUUUGUCGCAAGGCCACGGCCUCAAUAGCCAUCACAUUUGUCGUGACUCUUUGCUAUGCCGGGCUUUCACUCAUCUCGUCUUAUAGGCUAUUCAGCAAAUACGAAGCCCCAGUGGCCUACACCAACAAGGGGAUUGAGGUUGCAACUUUCCAGGCCUAAUUAGACGUUCUUUUUUUGUAUUACCACGGACAGCCACGUGUACUUCUAAUUUCUCUACUGUUUUGUACACUUGCCAAUAAUUGUAGAGUUGGGUUUGGUGUAUCCAUAAUCAAGACAAGACACUGCUUGUUCACCACUGUGUUUUACUGUCACAGUCUUGAUGGAUUAAUAAUCUAGUUGGGAGAAUAUGUGGUGGCACUUUUUCAAUUUUCAAUCGUGAAUUAAAGCUAGUUAAUGAUAUAUGAAUGGAUGGGAUGGAUGGAAAAUGAAAAGCUUGAGGGAUAAAAUGAAGAAUGGGAGAGUAGGUUAUAAGAAAAAAAUUCAAUGCAAUCUUCAAUUGCAUUGAAAAUGUUGUAUGGACAUACUAUCAUUAUACAGUUCUUCCGAAUAAUGUG